ACUUCACAUAUACUUCGCAUCACCGUGCUGUCCAGCAUCUCAUAGGCAAUCAUGGGUCUAUUUUCUUGUCUUGAUGAGAGCCGAGCUCAGCUCUGGGCUUCCUGGGGCUGGUUAUCACUUGCAUUUUUCUUACUGAUAUUUAUCACGACUCUUCUCAUCAGCCAUGUUAUUUACAAUCUGUACUUGCACCCAUUGUCCAAAUUCCCUGGUCCGUGGUAUGCUGUUGUUUCAGAUAUUUUUUACGCCCACACCACCAUCAGUGGGUCCGGAACUAAGGCUAUGAGAGCACUUCAUGAGAAGUAUGGUGAGGUUGUUCGCAUUGCUCCACGUGAAUUGUCUUUCUCUUCAGCGACUGCCUGGAAAGAUAUCUACACACAACGCAAGUCGGGCAAUGUCUUUAUAAAGGACAAACAGUUCUAUAUCACCGAUAAUGCGCUUCGUGCUCCGCAUAUAAUCAACACCAUCAACGUCGAGGAGCACGCAAAAGCGAAGAAAAUACUUUCCCAUGCAUUCUCUCCCAAAGCUCUACUUGAGCAGGAGGAUAUGAUUUUGAAGUAUGCGGACAUGUUUAUGGUGGCUAUUGCAGAAGAGUCUUCCAAAGGUUCUCUGAAUCUCACCGAAUGUUACAACUGGGUUACGUUCGAUAUCCUCGGGGAACUUGCGUUCGGUGAGCCCUUCGGCUCAGUGGAGACAAGGAAAACCGAUGAAUGGAUCACCACGAUCCUAAAUAUGGUGUUCUUUAUUGCCUGGGACUCUGCGAUCUAUCGCGUAUCCCCGAGGCUGGAAAAGUUACUGGCGCUUAUCAUCCCACCAAAGAUCAGACAAGGUGCCCUUAAUCACGUCAUGCAAUCCAAAGCAAAAAUCCUGGCUCGAAUGAGGAAAGGCGAAGGGGUGAGAAGAGAUUUUUGUUCUUAUAUCUUUAGAAUAAAAGACGACAUGGGUCUUAACGAUUGGCACAUGGCUGCCUAUAGCAAUGCUCUGAUACUUGCUGGCAGUGAAACGUCAGCAACUGUCUUAAGCGCGUUGACCUACUUCCUUUGUAGGACACCACGUGCCUACGAAACGCUAAAGAAAGAAGUCAGGGCGAGGUACAAAUCUUCGAGCGAGAUCACUAGUUUGACGGCAACAUUUCCAUACCUGACUGCCGUUAUUCAGGAAGCGAUGAGAAUGUAUCCUCCGGUACCAUUUGGGAUGCCGCGAGUGGUUCCAAGAGGCGGCGAGACGGUGGAUGGGCUCCUCAUUCCGGGAGGAACAACUGUCAGUGUCCAUCCAUGGGCCGCGACUCACAAUACUAGGAACUUCCAAGAUCCAGAUAGCUUCACUCCUGAACGUUGGCUUGACUCGGGGAGCACAGAUAAAAUCUCGGCCAGUAACCCUUUCUCUCUUGGACCGAGAUCUUGCAUUGGACAGAACAUGGCAUGGAUGGAGCUGAGAAUAUUGGUCGCAAAAAUGGUGUUCUUGUUUGACUAUGAAUUGGUUGAUGAUACACUUGACUGGGUGAGGGAUUCCCCUACCUUCAUUCUUUUCAACAAGCCCAAGUUGUGGACCAAAAUUACGCCGAGGGAUGUUAAAUGA